UCAUCUCGCAAUAAACAUCUUACUCUCUGAUUCCAUGGCUCCUGCGUCUUUCCCUCAAACACACAUAUUUAAAACAUGAUCAUUCAAGGUAGUUUGACUCAGCCUCUUCCCAAAUACACCCUUGACAGAAAAAAAGAAGCUUGUUUCUUUUUUCAGAGAUCUAAAAAAACAAGAGUUGGAUUAUACUGAAAAAGUAACAGGGACAACAGUUUAUCAGUUGCAAUGUCGAUGCCACAUAUCUUCUGGUAAUGAAGGUAUCUACAAUAGAUUUGCUUAAUAUGUGAUGAAUAUAACUAGUAGUGUGCUGGACCAACUUACAUCAGGUCAUUGGAGCCGAUAGUUAAUUUUCUGCAAUUUUGUUAACCUGCUGAAAGCAGAGCUGAGCCUUGACAUCUAGAGUGUCAGUCAGCUCUUCCUCAUCUAGUGAUGCUGUGUGGCAGCAGCAAUGGAGCUAGCAGAGCUGAUUUUUGAACAAUCAGCAGCACACCACUGAGUAUAACUAACCCACAUAAAAUAUAAAGAACAGUUGUUUUGAAUAUCUGUGCAAUAGUUCAUCAAUAAUUUUUCAUAUAAUAGCAGUGGCCACACCAGCAGAAAUAGCAGCCAUAUCACCAGAAUUAUUUAACAUGAUUAUUAGCAUUCAGUAUUGCUAAAGAUGAGCAUAUGUUAUAGAUAUGCAAUUCACAUUUAUUCACUUGUCAUGAUAAAUGUGGGAAUACCAGGCCCUUUCCCAGACGUGUGAUGGGCAUAUUGUCCAUUGUACACUGCAUUUCUGAAAAAUGAUAUAACUACCUUAGCUAGAGAAAAUUAACUUGUGAUUACUCAGAGUAAUCAUUGUAUAACAGAUUUCAUAACCGAUAUCUUAGAGAACAAAGCAGGGUUGAAUAUUCUUUAAUCAUAGAAUAUGAACUUGUGAAUUGGAUAAUACUGACAAUGGGGGGGGGGGGAAAGCAGGCAAAUUAAAAAAUUUAAAAGAAAAACUAUGGAAAUAUUAAAGAAAUAACAUGGAAGUUUUGGAAGAGCUCCAUGAGGACCCAAGUGUUGGCAGUGAUAAUAAACCAUGUGGAAUAGAAGCUUUACAUUUAGAGCAAGGAGAAAGAUAAGGAAACAGAAACAAAGCAGUUUUAUUUUCAAGGAAGGAUCUCAUGGUUAUUUGGAAGCACACAGCAGCUACAAGCUGUUUUCUGGGCUCCAGCUUUGAUUACAAAUUUAAGACUAGGUAUCAGCUUCAAUACAUAUCAGGAUUUUUAUGCAGCUACAGGCAAUGAGAGGAUGAUGGAAGGAACAGAUGCCUAGACAUGCAAUUCUCGGGACCAGGGUAAAGUGCAGCAACACAUAAAAGAAGAAUGGGACUUGGUUUGUGGAGUUUUGGCUGUCAUCUUGCCUUUUUUUUUUUUUUUACUUCACUCCAUGCUGCUGCUGCGGCAGACAUACCAAAUGGUUGCAAAACAUGUAAUUUAGAGUGGAGAAUCUAAAAGUGAGACUUCUGGUACAUUAUAAGUAUUCUAAAGAAAAUAACAAAUUGGAGAGAAGUGAGGAACGGAAGCAAAGAAGAAAACAAGCUGCAACAAAGACUUCACAUACCUGUGAAUUUGUAAGAAGUUGAGCUCAACUUGAAGACUUCAUGUGACUUCCACGCUAACCACGGCAAUGUGCAGUCAACUCUCAUUAUAGGAGUGUAUUAUGUUCUCAGCAUUUCCAAGAGAUCAAUCACAAUGCUAAUUAUUCUUAUGCUAGCAGUCACUUUAAAGAGAAUUGUGUCAUAUUCUAUAUAAUGGAAUCUUUUUUAGCAUAACAACUUCUAAUGCUUAGUCUAGAUAUAAGGAGAAAAACAAAUAAAUGUGUACCAAAAUUAAUGCAAGCACAACCAACAUUUCUAAUAUUGUUAGAGGUGUAAUUUUAGCUUUAAGCAUUUCAUAUGUUUAUCACAUUUUUCUGAGACUUUAAUUUCUUACUACAAACUACAGAAUUUUGUGCAGAGGUUCACAACACAGCAUAUAGCAUUACUGGUGGAGGUUCUUUGUUUGCAUUUGUCUCCUUUUAGAUAGAUUUAUUCAUUUACUUACUUACAAUAUUUCUGUAGUUCUGUGUGGUUCCCAAUGGUUCACAUAUUAGGUUAUAAAAAACAGGAACAAAAUAAAACUGUUAAAACAAUUGCAUCAGUUAAGAAUAAUCUAUAUCUCUGCAGGGGCUGAUCGGUGACCAUAACAAAUAAUUCUUGAAUUACAUUGUCUUUACAUCAUUUCCAAAGGACAUCAGCAUGGGCACAAACCAAAAAAGGCACUUCGAGCACUGCAGUGAAGAAGCAUUGAGUAUAACAUCCCUAUACAAGAUGGGAGACAGUGUUUGAUAGCCAAGCUGUGAAGAGCCUUAUAGAUAGAGCCAGCAUUAUGAGUUAUACUCUAAAGCCUACUGGUGUUUUAAAGCUGUUGUAGCUCUUACUCACUAGAAACGCAGGCCACAAUGUUUUGCUCCAAUUGCAGUUUCCAAAUAGUCUUCAAAGGCAGCACCAGAUAAAGUAGAUUGCAGUAAUCUAUCCUGAAAGUGAUGAGAAUGUGCUUGUUUUUGAUCAAACAGGAUCUCUAUCUUACAAAUGUUCCAGUUCCUUAAAGACAAUGCAAUUCUAAAACUUCACUAUGCAAAUAUUAUACCUAGUUGUAAUCCUACUCUCAGUAGCAUGGCAUGCACUUUAUAAAAAAGAAACCAAUACUAUUUCUGUGAGAUCUACCACAACCCUGCAAGAGAGACUGGGCACAAAGCAAGACAAAAUUUGUUAUUGCUGCUGGUAUUGUGAAGAAGUGGAAAUUGUGAAAUUCUUUCUCUCUUAUCUUAAACUUAAAGGGUGUUUUUUUUUUAAAUGAAGAAUUUAAAGCCAUUUAAGGCACUUUUGCUAGGAGCCAUUGCAGAACCAAAUAAAGCAAUGACACAAUUCUUCAUCUAAAGUACAUUCUCUGUAUUGGGUUAACAUUCUUGAUGGUGAAAAGGCUGCUUUUCCUAUGUGUCAGCACCAAGUAUAAGCACAUUACUAAAAUAAGAAAAUCAGUUGUACAUGCAUGCCAUAAUUUUCAUAGCUCAUUCUUUAUACUGCUAUAGAAAAGAUUUAAGGUGUUUUUGUGAAAGUAAUAUAAAUGAGACCUUAGUUAUACCUGUUGAGGAACUAACUUUAUUUAUAUUAAAAACCUGUUAAUGAAUAAUCCUUGUCAAUGGUAGAUUCUUGAGUACUACUAGACAUCAGUUGUUAGCUCAAACUUCUAUUUUUGAAAACGAUUUUUAUCUUUCAUAUUAUUUCACAUACAACUCAAAGCAGCAAACAUACCAAUACUUCCUAUCUUCUCCACAACAAUAAUCUGUGAUGUGAGAUGGACUGAGAGUGUGUGAUUGGCUCCAAGUCAGCCCCCUGGUUUUUCAUGCCCAAGGUGGGACUGAAAGUCAUAGUCUGCUGCUUUCUAGGCUGACAUCUUAGCCACUACACCAAACCUUUUGUUCUUGAAAAACUCAGAUGUAAAGAAAGCCCAUUUAAAAGUAACUUCAGACAGGACAGAAAAUCAAUAUAUUUCAAAGCUUUCUUUGCAGAAAAAUGAUGAGAAUGAAAGAUAAGUCUUAAUGUAUACAUUUAACUAAGGAAGCAUAGUAGUACAGAAGAUAGAAAAACAGGAUGCCUUUCUCUACAAGGCCUUGAUUUGAAGCCCUGAAAUCUCAAAUUUAGCUAUUACAAUGAAGUCCUGUUGUAGACAGACCUGUUUUUUUUAUCACCACUUAAAAUCUAAUUAAUCCGUAUUGAAGCACAAAGAUUUCUGUUGUUUUUUUUAGGUGAGGGGUCAUAGAGCUUUCUUUGUUCAUCCUCAGACUUGCAAUCAUCAGGCAUUGGGGAUAUAAUUUUACCAAGCAAAUUGAAAGGUAACAGAUCAAAUCCUUAUCACAAAACCCAACUCAUGGUUAAGCAGAGUCCUUCAUCCUUUGCAAGAAACCUUAUAUUCAGGAAGAACAAAAACAUGUUUCAGAGUUCUUAAAGGGUUAAUAGUUAAAGUUUAUAUUCAGGAGAGCAAAAAGCAACCAUCAUCGGAGUUGCAGCCACUAUAUAAAGUCAAAGUUCCAAAAAAACCUGGCCAAAAGAUUUUCCAGCCAGUCGAUCGCAUCCUUUACAAUGGCUUUAGUGAACCGAACCAUAAUGCAGUUAGCAGGGAUUUUAUUUUGCCUGUUAGGAUGGGUCUUAUCCUGCCUCACAACUUACUUACCUCAAUGGAAAAAUCUCAAUUUAGAAUUGAAUGAAUUGGAGAUCUGGACAAUGGGACUCUGGCAAGCUUGUGUGGUCCAUGAAGAAGGGGGAAUGCAGUGCAAAGAAUUUGAUUCUUUUUUAGCUUUACCCCCUGAGCUCCAAAUUUCUAGGAUUCUGAUGUUCAUAUCCAAUGGAUUAGGACUUUCUGGUCUCUUACUCUCAAGUUUUGGAUUGGAUUGUUUAAAGAUUGGAGAACAACAACAGGAUCUAAAGAAGCGGUUAUUGUUGCUGGGCGGAAUAUUCUGCUGGAUAUCAGGAGCUGCAGCCUUAGUCCCAGUGUCUUGGGUUGCUCAUACCACUGUGCAGGAAUUUUGGGAUGAAACUAUUCCAGACAUCGUUCCGAGGUGGGACUUUGGGGAAGCACUUUUUAUAGGCUGGUUUGCUGGAUUCUGUCUCAUUUUUGGAGGCUCAUUGUUAAAUUGCAGCGUCUGUUCUGUUGAUACUCAAUCGUCCUCAGUCCAUUAUACAGUGGCAGGUGUGCUAGAUGCUUGUCAACACUUGGAAAGCAACAACAGACCUCAAAGUCUAAGAGUCUGAGAGACACCGGAGAGCCUAUUUUUCCUUUCAUGCACUUAAACACAAUGUGCAGAACCUUAUUCCAAUUAAGAUUAAAGGAUGCUUUGUUUCCUGAACUUUUUAUUUCAAGAGUAGUGUUAUCCUUCUUAUUACAAGGCUGAAAAUGCUGGCUUCAUAAGAAGAGUAGAUUAAAAUGACUAUAGAAAACAUCAUCAUAUAUUUUUCUCUACUUCAACUUAAAAUGUACUGUAAAAACAAAAAUAUACAAAGCUCAAAUAAGUCAUAAAAAUAUGAAUCCUCAUAUUACACAAUCAUACCCUGCUAAGUUUGGUACUUGAUUUUCAGAAAAUGAUUGUUUUUGUUUCCCGACUGUCUUAAAAUUCAAAGACUAUUUUCAUUUAAACUUUCUGCUACAAAUUCAAAUAUGCAGCAAAAUCUUUAAAUAAAAGUUCAAUUAGCAAUACUGGUUAAUGGAUUCCAGUUGUACCUACAGACGAGGAUUCAUCUUAAAGCAUGGAAAACACCAAGGUUCCCCCCCCCCUUUAUUUGUAUACUGUUGCCUCUACCUAUUUUUAAGAUAUAAGGGUAUAGCUAACAAAAUAUUUUAAUUAGAUGUAAAAUACUGGUAUUGUAAAGAAUCGGUUCUGUUUUGUUAUGUGUUGAUAUUUGAGUGUUAAGUAUAUAUGAUCCCAAUAUACCUUCUAAAGUCUGAGAAAGACUGUAUUAAUUUUACUUUGUGAUGACAGCAUUCUUUUUUUGUUUACAUCAUUUAAAAACUGGAUUGCUUCUGUGCCAUCCAUUUAUAAUGUGUAAUGUCUUUUAUUAAGCAGCUCCAAGUUGCAUAAUUGAAUUUGCAAACUUAAGAGUGUUAGGUUAAUUAUAUUUGUACUUAUCUAGAGGAAAACAUUAUUGAACUCUGUGGAUUUGCUUCUGAAUGAAUAUGAAUUCAAUUAUGUAGUUAAAUCUAUCCAAGUAAGGAUUGACUAUUGUUCCUAAAUAGAAGUAAAAUAUUAAUAUUUGAACGGUAUUUUCAGUGUAGAAUGGAUCUUAUGAGUCUAAUACUUUUGAAAUCACAAUUUGUCAUUUUUCUGUAUUAAAAUAUCAUUGGAAAAAACAAAUAAUCUAAAUGUGAGAACAUUUAGAGUACCCACUUACAAAUAGUAAUAACACAACAUUUCUUCAGUGAUUCUCAACUCAAACUCUAUCAGUAUAUUCACAAAUGCUAAAACUUGCAUACUUCUGAUUAUAUUGCUUAACAGGAAAAGUUAAUGGUAUUUUAUAAGAAAAUAUUAUUAAAUCUAUUAAGCAGCUUACAAGGCUAGAAUAGCCUUAUUUUUUAUGAAAUGGAGGAAGGUGCUUUGGAAAGCUACAUAGCUAGUGUGAAAAGGAAAGAAAGCAUAUAGUAUAAAUGUAUUUUUUUUCUUAUAGCUUUGCCUAAAGAAGUCAAGGUUUAUAGAAUUUUAACACGCUUCACAAAUGGACAGGUGUCUGAUGACAGAACAUCAAGAGUAAAAGCUACAAAAAGUGUUAGUUGUAUAUGCAUUGAAGUGCUCUGUUGCUCUGAAGUAUGCCCACCAUUGAAAUUUGAUAGGAGGCUAUUCAAAAGAUAGCUGUCAGAUGGGAAUAUGAGAACACACUGUUCAUUGGUUACCAGUGGAUUUCUACUUCUCUGUACAGAAUUGAUCAUAAUUCUUUUUGUUAGGCUACAGAAGAAAUGCACGGAAAAGUUAAUCUUUUUGACAAUUGCUAAAUCAUUUGAAACAAAAAGAAAAAAAAUCUGUCAAGUAUAUUAAAAUUAAAUUUAGGAUGAAAAUUACAUCUAUUUCUUUUUAGCAUAAUCUACAUUUAUGUAGUUUGAUUUGUAUUAUUAGUUAAAUAGACACUUUUCAAUGUAUUAUAUAAAUGGAUUUAAGAUAUUAUUACCUUAUCUAUCAUAUACAUAUCUAUUAAUAUUGAAAAUAUCCAGAUUUCCAGUGUCAUAAAAUGCAUUUUUAAAAAUGGCUUCUCUGUAUUACAGUCUAUUUCCCAUUCAGAAAAUAGGGAUGGACCUCAGUUUCCAUGAAAAACUGCACUUAGUAAUUUAAAAUGAAAACAGGGCAUGGACUUGCUGCAUUUCUGAGUUUCAGAUCCAGUCAGUUUUAUAUUAUCCUAGUGUGUAAAAUGUUAUUAGGAAAAAAAAUCAUACACUGUCAUGGAUUAUGGUUUGUGUAAGACCUCACUUACAUAAGUACAGCUUACAUAAUCAUUGUUACUCAAGAAACCACCCAUCCAUAAUGCUGAUCACCAUUAUGACAUGGUCUUAUUGCUGAUGUUUUACAUGAACAUUUGCCAAAUCACAUAAACUUGAUUUAACUGGUAUUGGUAAAGAAGAGAAGCAUGCAAAAGUUAUUGUUAAAAAACUGUAUUUUUCCAAAUCAUUGAAACAAUUAAAAAGUGCACAGACAAAGGUUAAUAUAGGUGAUGUGUACAUAUACAGACAAUAUUAGGAUAGGAGACAUUUGUAAUACAACCUGAUUAAAUAUUGAGUUCAGUUCUCAGCAUUUAAUACUUAAAUAUAACAUAAUUGUAUAAAAAUUGAAGUUUAGUUUCAUCCAAUAAAAUAUUCGCUUUGUUCAUUUGGCUAAACAAUAUUGUAUAAUACUUGUAAUAUGACGUGCAGGAUUGUACUGAAGUAAUGAUAAUCAAGAUAUGAUUACAUUUGUUCUAUUCUCUGAUAGGUAACUUUUAUGAUAAAAAAUGAUAUUAGUGUAGUAUGAGACUUGACUGGUAUUUGUCCAUGAUCAUGAUUUUCAAAAUUGUUUCAAAUGCUAAACAGACUUUGUGUAAGAUUUCCAGGACGUCAAACUGUUUUCUUAAGUAUUAGUUGAGGUUGCUGAAAUUUUAGCAUGCCAAAGGCGGCAUGGAUGGAAGAUUCUUUUAUAAACAGCCAACAAAAUUUAUCUUGCCAAUAUAUUAUUCUUUUUGUUUCUCUCUAAAUAUUGUGGCAUACCUUCAGAAGAGGGAGGUACAUUUGUAUGUGUCCCUAAAACAAUUUGCACAGUAGCUUUUUUUCACCCGCAAAUUUAAAAGUGCAGAACUGAACUAUAUUAAGCUGUACUGUACAUAAAUAAGACUGAAAAUAAAUAAAUCACAAGAUACAACUGUAUACAUCAUUCUAAAACAUUAUUAUAUUGUAUUGUCAAACUGAGAAACUGAAAUUAUCAGCCUUCAUUUCUAUAUUAAAUAACUUUGUGACUUCAGCUUUUAGACAUUGACCUUGACGGAGUAAAUAGCAUCUAUAUGUUUAAUUUACUUCUAAAAGAUGGGUUAAAAAAAGAGGGGCAUCCAGGAAAUAUUAAGCAGUUUCUUACCUUCAAGUUGAAGUAAUAUUGAAAAGAUUUUUAAUAAUUACACAUAGUUGUUCAUAAUAAUAGCAACCUUUGGGAGAUUUAUAAAAAUAAAUUAAGACAUACUAAUUUGUUUCCUUCUGUAAUUCUAAGGAUGGCAAUGAACAUACUGUAAAUGUUCUCCUAUUUUUUCAACAAUACUAUUAUAUCCUUGAAAAAUAAAAUACAGCAGUUCAUUAUACAAUUAUGUUGCAAAAUUAACAAGUACACAAUUAGUAGAAGUCUUUUUGUUUCCUCGGUGUCUUUUUAUGUGUGUAUAUGAAUAUAUAUCACAUACAGAACUAUGUGUCACUUUCACCAAAUGACUUUAAAACUGCCUAAAUAACUUUUAUGCUGUCAUUAUUUUAUGUUCCAUAGCUUG